CCUAAAUAAUUUAACUCUGAGAUCGAUUUUGUUUUUCUUUUUGAAAGGAACUCAUGAAAUUGAAACCCAAAAAAAUUAGAAUUUAAAGUCAUAAAUGAUAAUUAAUUUUGUUUUAUUUUGAUUUAAUUAAAUAUCGAUUUGAUCUAAUUCAACUCAACAAGGAUCAUGUAGUCAAACCCCUUUGAAGAAAAACCCUUUUGUCAGCCCAAUCUGUCUAGUAUGAUCACGAUCAGCCCAAACCCAUGUGUUUAGGCCCACAUAUGCAGCACCAGUGGGUAGAAGAAAACAGAGUACUGAGUACAAUACUGACUGAAGUUAAGAAUUCCCGUCGCCGCCGCCACCACCACCGUGGGCCGUUGGCUCGCAGGCUCUUUUUGCAAGGGAAAUGAGGCGGCAAUCUGUCGUCGCGAAACUUGCACUUCCCGAUCUGUUUGAGUCGUUAACUAUCGCUUGCUGUUAAUGGGAUAAAGCAAUGCUAAUAUUGAUCAGGCGCCUGCUGGACCCCGUCGUCAAAUCCUCACGGCGCCACCACCGCUGCCUCGUCACCGGAGAACCCUUCUCCGAAUUCGGAUCUUUAGCUGCAGCCACCAAGCAGGCUUCUUCCUCCUCGGCCCGCGAUGGCUUGGGGAUCUACUGCAAAAUGCACCGCCGGUGUUCAUUCAACCUUGACCGCUACGACUUAUUGUUCGCCCUGAAAUCAGCGACCAGUGUGAAAGACCCACUCAUCGUUCGCCAGUUCCACGCCCAUGUCUUCAGGCUAGGAUUCGGUGGCGAUGUUUACAUCGCCACUAGCCUUCUCUCUGCGUAUGUAGCUACAUCGAUUCGCGAUGCACGCUUGCUGUUUGAUGAAAUGCCGGACAGAGACACCUUCACCUGGAACGUUAUGAUUACAGGGUAUGCAAGGUCUGGGGACGUCGAUAAGGCACAGGACGUGUUUGAAGAAAUGCCACAGAGGAGCGUUGUCUCCUGGAGUGCUAUGCUAACUGCUUAUGCUCAUAGCAGGCGCUGGGUAGAAGGUUUGUCUCUGUUUCGUGUGAUGACGAUGGCGGGGAAGGAUGGACCGUUGAUUAAGCCAAAUGCGAUAACUUUGUCGAUUGUUCUAUUAUGCUGCUCCCUAAUGGGUUCUCCUGGCUCGCUGCUGGGGAGAUCGGUUCACGGUUAUUUGUUGAAGACGAAUGUUGAAAAGGAUUCAGCUCUGGUGAACAUGUACGCCAAGUGCGGGGUUUACAAGUAUGCUUGCUUGGUUUAUUCUGCAAUGAAGAGAAAGGACGUAAUAGCUUGGACUGCAUUGAUAUUUGGAGCAGCUAGGCAUGGAUAUAGUGAAGAAGCAUUAUCUGUGUUCGAGACGAUGAAAGAAGAAAGUGUUCGACCAGAUGAGCUGACUUUCACAGGGGUUCUUGUUGCCUGUGCUCGGACGGGAAUGGUGGGAAUGGGCCGAAGAUACUUCAACCUGAUUAAAGAGUAUGGUUUGGAGCUUCAGAUACAGCACUAUGGGUGCAUGGUCGAUAUGUAUUGCAGGGCAGGACUAGUGGAAGAAGCUCAUGAUAUUCUCCAGAGGAUGAAUCUGGAACCGGAAGCUGCUAUUUGGAGGUCGUUUCUGUCGGCUUGUAAGGAGCACAAUCGGUUCGACAUUGUUGAGAAAGUAAUGGAAGCUAAUGCUUCGCCAAAAUGUAUGGAAAGUCCGGGGAAGUAGCUUUAUCUGAAGUAGAGUGGACAGAGGUUACUCCUGAAGAAAUUGGAGGGCAGAACCAAGUGCAGAAAGUUGGAUGAAUUGGUGCUCUUUCUGGAAGCAAGAUUGACCUUCCCCCGCUAUCUUCUUUCAGCGGUUAACUUCACAGAUGAAUAAGUGUAGCGCUGAUGAAGAGUUGCUGAUCUUCCUGCUUCAAAUGCUCCUGAGGUAAUUGGCUUUUCUCCAAUUGCUCAUGCCAUUCUAGGAGACUUUUGGGUCUGUAAGUGAUCACUCUGUUAGUUCACUACGUUUUCAUCUUUGUUUAUUCUCUUCCUGUUUUGUACAGUGAUAGAUCAUAGAACUGAGGUAAUUUGCAGCUUGAAUUAGUUUAGGCAUUGCAUGCUUCUAAGAUAUACAGAAAAAUGUGAACUAGUUCAUCAGUUGUACAUAACUCUUGCUCCUGCUUAUCUUGUCAGGAAGUAUAUGUGGGCAUGAUCUGAUUGAAUAUGUGAUCUAAAGGGUAUAACCUAGAAUUAAUUCUAUUAAUGAAAUGAUAUCAUCAAUAACAAAAGAAAAUCGUAUAAUCUAGUCCAAAGCCAACUUUUAUUAGUAGGAGGCUGAAAGGCCAAGGAACGGAAGUUACAAAGCAACAGACCACCCAGGGCGCCAAACAUCAACUAAGAAGUUCAGCCCCAACGAGUCUCUGCUACAGAUCAGCAAAAUAAAGCAAACAGAGCACCCAACCUUACAAACACUCAACUUGGGUCGAUAAUGACUUGUCUGGGAAAGCUUGUCCCAAUGAUGUCUUUCCUCAGAAGCCUCACAAGAUCAGUAGUUGGUUUAAUUCAUGCGUACCAAAGGGAUAGAAGAGACUGUGCUUCGAGAGCCAGCCCGCGACUCUAUUCCCUUCACGGUACGUAUGAACCAAGCGAAUUAUCCAACUCUGAGCAAUCUGCCUAUGAAUCAUGGUCAAAAGGGUGGCGUGAGGAUGAACCGGAUCCGUAUUGCCAGUUUGGAGUCCGUCUCAACAAUCAAGCAACGGAUGUCCAUUUUCCAUGCUAAUUCCAAGCCUUUAUGAAUGCCCCAAAGUUCUCCGAGGAUGGCUGAUCCGGUGCCUAUGUUGCAGCAAAAACCUCCAAACCAUUCUCCAUCCUUGUCCCUGAUACUAGGGGUGGCUAUUUGGUUCGGGCUUUUUGGUUUUACCCGAAACCGGUCUGUAUAACCCGGACUGAGACCGGACCAGGACCGGAUAGCAAACAAUUCAAUCCCAUCAUCGGGUUUAGAUUUGAGGUAAAAAAACCAUUCGGGACCAGACCAAAAACCGGAUAAGAGAACCCAACACUCAAAACUUAACCAACUCCUCACCCUUUGAGGCCUCAGGCCACUCAAUUUCCCACAAGUUCAUUCUAAAAUCAAGAUCAAAUUGGGAUCGGACCGGGUCAAGACCGAACCGGAUCAAGAUCGGACUGUAUCCGAUCUAGUCUUUGAUCCUUAUAUUUCCGAAAAGACCGGACCGGAAUCAGAUCAAUUUUGACCAAUUUAGCCGGACCGGACUGUAUAGCCACCCCUACCUAAUACAACCUCCUUCCGCCAUAUUCCCUUCAUUGUUUUAUUUGGAUUUAUUUGAAACAUGAUUUUAUUUCUACAAAAAAAAACAUGAUCUUAUUCAACUCGAUGAGGGAUCGAGUAAUUGUCAAGCCCCUUGGAAGAAAAGCCCUUUGUCAUAAAAGCCCAAUCUGUCU